CCAUUCUUCCCUCCCUUCCUCCCUCCUUUUCUACUUCGUCCUUUCCUUCCCCCUUCUUUCCUCCUUCCCUGCCUCUUCUAUCCUUCCCCGUCUCCUCUCCUUCCCCCUCGUUCCCUCCCUGCGUCCCUCCCCGUUCCCGCCCCUUUCCCUCCCGUCCUCCCUCCCGUCCUUGAGCGCGGGGUGAGAGCGGCAGCGCCGUUCCUGCUGCUGCUCCUCGUCCUCCUCCUCCUCCUCCUCCUGCCCGCCGCCGUUAGCGGCCUGUUCGCCCCGGGCCGGGCGGCGGCUCCAGGUUUCCAGCCUUACCUGGAACCAGCGAAGGAGUUUGGCCCCUGCUGGGGUACAAGAGCCGGUCUAAAUGAAUGUAUAACCUCAACACUGCUACAGACGUUCCUGGGAAGUACCAAAAAUGUGCUGUGCUGACAUCCUUUGGGAAUGUUCCAGGCUGUUUAUAAUGUAACCUGAAGAAAUACCCCGUGUCUUUGUGCCGUGCUGACCAACACCAUGGGGCACCGUUUCCUGGGCACAGGGAGCCAUGAUCCCGAGAAAGCUGAAGCCGUUUCUCUGCAGGAUGUUGUCGGCUUACAAACCCACAGGCGAUGUCAAGGACUCCUACAAAAUCCUGGAGCUCGAGGAAGGAUGUUCCCUCGAUGAGGUCAGGAACUCGUACCGAACCCUCGCCAAGAAGUACCACCCCGACAGCAGCUCCGGCACGGCCGACCCCGCCGCCUUCAUCAGGGUGGAGGAGGCCUACAGGGUUGUGCUCAGCGACGUGGCAGCCAAGCAGAAACCCGGCGAGAGCGGCGAAGAGGAGGAGGACCAGUUCAAAGUGAAAUCCCUGCAGCACAGGCACUACUUGAGUUUCGAAGGGGUCGGCAUCGGAACGCCGAGCCAGAGGGAAAAGCAGUACAGGCAGUUCCGGGUGGACCGCGCCACGGAGCAGGUGCUGGAGUACCGGCAGCACAGGCUGGAGAGCAGCUCUGCUGGGACUGACCUGAUGAGAGCCAAAGAUGUGAGGGAGAGCAAGAAGGUGAAAAUAACUCAAGCGGUGGAACGGCUGGUGGAGGACCUCAUCCAGGAGUCCAUGGCCAAAGGAGACUUCGACAACCUCAGGGGCAAAGGAAAACCUCUGCAGAAAUUCUCGGACUGUCCCCACAUCGACCCCAUGACCCACAACCUCAACAGGAUCCUGAUUGACAACGGGUACCAGCCCGAGUGGAUCCUGCUGCAGAAGGAGAUCCGGGAGACCAUCGAGCGGCUGAGGAAGAGCGUGGUGGCCUCGAGGAGGAAGCUGAGGGAGCCCAUGACGCCGCUGGAGCAGAAGCAGUGGAAUCGCAUCUGCGAGCAGUUCAUGGAAGACAUCAGGAAACUAAACAAGAGAGUUGACAACUUCAACCUGGUCGUCCCCAUCCUGAGCAGGCAGAUGGUGCAUUUCAGCCCAGAGAAGGAAAUCGUUCGAGCACAAAAGACUUACGAGGCUCUGAUGGAAAAGGCUUCUCAUCCAGACGCGAAGGAAAGCCAAGGGGAAGGUGGGAAAAGGUUUGGGUGGAAGUCUUAUCUGUUUAAGUGGUUAAACCUUACAGUGAAAUAAUUUAAUCCUAAUUCCUGUGUCUUGUGAAGAUUUUGAAUGCACUUUAUUAAUGAAAUGUUGCACUACAGAAAUUUCAGGUACACUGAAAAUGCCAAAUCCACACUGUUACACUGGUUAAAAGAAAUCUGGUUGUCAGAUGGGCAUUUGCAUUACAAAUAAUGGAUUUAUUUUUAAAUAUUAUUAAAGGAAAUGUGCCACUU